AUAAUAAAAUUAAUGAAACAUAACAUAACGUUUGGUUGGUUUGGUUGAGGAUUAGUCGAGGAAGUGCAUUGAAUCUACCACAGCUCCGUCCGUGGAUCCACGAUCCACCGUAUGCACACUGCAGUUAUUCGUUGUUCCAUACGUAUUCACAGAAGUGGCGCUGUGAAGUGAAGAACCGCGGGAAACUGCUUCACGUACCGUGUCGUGCCUAUCCUGACAUAAAAUAGCGCGCAAAUACGAAAACGAUUCAAGGAUAACCUGGGUAACCUUGAUUCAAUGGAGCCACCUGCAAAGAAACAACGCAAUGCAUCUGGUAGUGACAAAAUUCCUUGUAAAUAUGGAAAAAAAUGCUACCGAAAGAACCCUGAACACAGAAAACAGUACAGGCAUGAUGAUGACUCUUCGAAGAAAGCAUCAUCAGAGAAUGUGAUUGUAGAUGCGAUCAACGACCCUGAAGAAGCAGGUAAAAUUACUCAGACCAAAAAGUCUACGCAGCCCAGCAGUACGAAGUGCAAGACGGAAAAUAAAGUACCGACGUCAAAAGGAGACAUUAGAGAGUGGAUCGAAGAACUCUUCCUGGUCAGAAUGCCCCAGGACUUCUUCGACUUUUGGCAGUUUUGUAAACAGAUCAACGAAAGCAGGCCCACAGAUGCAUUGUGUGAUGCACUGGGACUCAAGCUAGUGGGGCCAUUUGAUGCAUUAUCAGGAAAGCUUACAGACCAAAAUGUCAAAAGUGUGGAUGACCUGCUGUGUCACUGGCGAUACUACUAUGAUCCACCAGAGAUGCAGACUGUCUUACAAGGAGAUGAUGACAAGUUGUACCACGUGGGUUACUUUAGAGAUGACCCAAAAGAAAUGCCUGUCUUUGUUGCUUCCAACUCUGCGCAAGAGUCUUGCAAAAUCAGCAAGGUUGGUGGAAACCUAUUCACAGCAGUCAGUAGGGAGAUCUCGAUGGCUCUCAGGAGAGCAAAAGAUGACGCCACAAAGUCCAAGUUAAAGAAGCUGAAUGGAGCUCUGAUAGAGUUUGCCGAAACAAAGAAGAAUGCACUGGACGAAGGGAGUAAGAAACGUCCAAAGGCUAUGGCUGCUACAUUCCAUGGUGCAGGAAUGGUUGUGCCAUACAAUUCCAAGACAGACGUGGGCUACAGGCCUUUGCCUGUUUCAUAUGAUCAGCUGAAGUCAAUUCUGAAGAAAAUUUCCACAAGUUCGACAGAUGAAUUACGUGCCAAGAACAUGAUUGAGUUGCAGAACAUCAUCAUGAACGUGCACCUUGCAAAUGACGAGUGUGACUAUGGCAUGGGUCUUGAGCUGGGGCUCAACUUGUUUUGCUUUGGCUGUCCGACAUUACACUCUAUGCUGCUUCGCAUAAUUACUGUGGCAUACCAACUCCUUGACCGUGAAGUCUUUGGACAGAUUGCAACUGCACACUUGAAAAGACGAAAGAAGGGUGCAGACCUCAGUGCGAUUGAAGCCUCGUGAAAUAUAGUUUCUACACAUUUUCCUACAGGGCUAUAUUCAGAAUAAACGGCAUUUUCGCUCA